AUGGCGAGUGAGGAGGGGACAGAACAGACCUGUGCUUCCUCCUCUGUUCUGCGUCUAGAAGCUCUCUUCUCACCCGAAGAAACCGAGCAUGCGGGCGGAGAUGGGAACCCCGAGCUAAUACGCCUGCGAGACUAUCUUCAGGGAUGGCUGUCGCAGUAUGAGCCCGUGAUCCUGUGGGUACAGAGGCUGCUGGUGUGGGAGAGGCCGCUUCACAGCAUCUUCGUUGCAUUCAUGCUGAAUACCGCGUUCUGGCUGUUGUCGUCCACGACCAUGCGGCCGCUGUUUCUUCUGAGCGUGUCUCUCCUCGGGCUGGUGCUGUUGGAAAAGUGGAAGCACAAAUUACCCCUUAUUUCGGUCCCACGUCCUGAAGUGUCCACAGCUGAAAGGGAAGGCAGAGGCAUUCGCCCGCGGCUACUCAGCGUCGCCGAACUCAGCCACCAUCUGGCGGAGAGCUACCACACCUGCUACCUCCACCUGCAGGAGAUGCUCCUGUACAAACGGCAGAACCACGGAAAGUUCUGUGGGCUCAUGUGUGCAGGGUGCCUGCUCCUGGCUGUGGUGGGACACUAUGUGCCAGGAGUCAUGAUCUCCUACAUAAUAUUGCUGAGUGUGCUGGUGUGGCCCCUGGUGGUGUACCAUGAGCUGAUCCAGAAGAUGUACACCGGACUGGAGCCCAUCCUGAUGAAGCUGGACUACAGCAUGAAGGGAGACACCGAGCACCACAAGCACGACAAGAAGAAAGUGAAGAAGGAGUCGGAGGGAAGUGACGAGCCAAGGGCGGAGACCGAGAGCGAGAGUGAAGAGGAGCUGUCCUGCUUCGCCACCACUGUGGACGUGAGGACCACGGCUCUGGCCAUGGCCAUCACGGACUCGGAGCUCUCCGACGAGGAGGCCUCCAUCCUGGAGAGCGGCGGUUUCUCCGUGUCCCGGGCCACCACCCCACAACUGACCGACGUCUCUGAAGAUCUGGACCAGCAGAGUCAGACCAGCGACCCGGAGGAGGGUUUCCCCAGAGACCAGCCGGAGUUGCCCUCGACCGAGCGCCACCCGCCGCACUGCCCCGCGCGGCCACCGGGGGCAGCGGUCAUGGCGGAGGAGCGUCAGGGCCCCCACUCCCUCCACCUGCCCUCCCCCCUGCACUUUGUCAACUCGCACUUCAAUGGGAACAGGCGGGGCUCGGCGGGGGCGGGGGCGGGGCAGGGGGCGGGGCCUCGGGGCGGGAGCCUAUCGCUGGAGGCCCUGAGCCAGGAGAUCGUGAGCUCGGCCAUCUCCACCGUGGUGCAGAACACGCUGUCCGCCCUCUCCCGCCUCGGCGACCCGCCUUCCCCGCAAGGGGCGGAGCCAGAGAGCGAGGACGCUGCCACGCCAGUCGAAACGGACUCUGUGGACCCAGCCACCUGUGCAGCCCACUCUGCGGUGGAGGAGGAGGAGGAGGAGGAAGAGGAGUUUGAGCUGCUGGACCAAAGUGAACUGGAACAGAUGGAGGAGGAGCUUCGUCUGGAGUCUGAGGGGCGGAGACGGGACGAGGCCACGCCCACGUCCACGGACCUGCCCAGUCAGCAGUGCAAGGAGUCCUAGCUUCCUCGCCACUCCGCGUAAACUGUUUGGGUUCGAAUUAGACGCACAGCAUCGAGACAACAUCCCGUCAUAAACAUCAGGGCAUCUUGACCAGUUGCGGUCGAUCGCCGUUCAUUUGUCUGUUGUGAUCGGGUGUAAAUAUCACUGACGGUUAAUGUGUAACUGGAUCUCGCUGCUGCUGGCUGACAAGCGGGACGUUUUCGUUUUCAAGCAGUGGAUUCAUUUCAGUUAAACUGGUUUGGAUAGUUUUUUGGUCUGGGUUUAAAUCUGUUGUUAGUGUUAACUGACCAUAAUUGUUGAUGAAUAUAUAUAUAUAUAUAUAUACACUCACAGGCCACUUUAUUAGGUAUACCUUGCUAGUACCGGGUUGGCUUCUGUUGCUGUAGCCCAUCUGCUUCAAAGUUUGACGUGUUGUGCAUUUAGAGAUGCUCUUCUGCAUACCUCGGUUGUAACGAGUGGUUAUUCGAGUUACCGUUGCCUUUCUAUCAGCUCGAACCAGUCUGGCCAUUCUCCUCUGACCUCUGCCAUCAACAAGGCUUUUUCGCCCAGAGAACUGCUGCUCACUGGAUAUUUUCUCUUUUUUGGACCAUUCUCUGUAAACCCUAGAGAUAUGGUUGUGCGUGAAAAUCCCAGCAGAUCAGCAGUUUCCGAAAUACUCAAACCAGCCCAUCUGGCACCAACAGCCACGCCACGUUCAAAGUCACUUAAAUCACCUUUCUUCCCCAUGCUGUUUGAAAUUCAGCAGAUCGUCUUUACCAUAUCUACAUGCCUAAAUGCAUUGAGUUGCUGCCACGUGAUUGGCUAAUUAGAUAUUAGCGUUAGCGAACAGUUGAACAGGUGUACCUAAUAAAGUGGCUGGUGAGUGUGUGUGUGUAUAUAUAUAUAUAUAUAUAUAUAUAAUUUUUAUAUAUUCAUUAUAAUAUAUAUAUUAUUUGAACAUAUUGAUAGUUUGAUGAAAACCCUGGAAAAUGUUUCAAAAACAAAUUAAAUUAUUUAUACAAAUUUGUUGGCACCCAAGCUCCAGCAUGCUGAGUUAGAUACUGUGGACAUAAAGCAUUCAUAAGCACAUUGAUGAGAAACGGAGCAGGUUUGCUUUUACGGUGAUUAAUUAUUGAUUGGUUUUGAAAUUGGUUUAGGAAUUCAGUGUUCUCGUGGGUUUCAUUCGUGUCCAUUGAACCAAGAUCCUUUACAAAUUUGGGCAAUAAUAAAUAUAACUUAUUUUAAAAAAAGAUUUUUUGCAUUACUUCAACAUAAUGUAAUCCUCUAAUUUGUGAUUUAAGAACUAGAGAACUGAAGUUAUUAUUGGGCAGCUAUUAACACUGUUAAAACGGUUGUCCUCCGGUGAAAAAUUGCCCUAUGCCGAGUUUUAACAGCAGUGAAAACCCCCUAAAUGAAAACUUUUCACCAUGAAAUUUGAUUACUUUUCCUGGAAUGACCCUACCACUACAAAAAGUUUAACACUGCCCUUUUUUUAUAUUUUAUUAAAACUGUACACCAUCAGGGGUCA